AUGAGUGACAAAGAGGUUGUCUCUUUCAGCUCCGGGGCGACGGGCUCAGAGGAAUGGAGUCCGGAUAUUGUCGUCGGAGUCGACUUUGGCAUGACAUAUACUGGGGUGGCCUACUCGUGUGCACCAGCAUGGCUACCUCCCAAGACAAUCCAGCGCUGGCCAGGAAAACUGCCUGGCGAGCUGGCAAACAAAGUGCCCACCUGCAUUGAAUACGAAGCGGAUUCAACCACCGUGAAAAAUUGGGGGUUUCUCUGCGACCCAGAAGAUGAAACCUCAGUAAUACGCGAGUUCUUCAAACUCCAUCUAGCCCCUCAGUACCACGACCCCAGCGGUCCUAGUAGAGCAGAGGCGCAACGAUGGUUUCGAGAUUAUGUGCAAUGCAUCUACAAGCAUGUAGCCAAUUUUUUAGCCAGUACAAUUCCAGACUUUCCCUAUCGGAAAGUCGAGUUUCUUUUCAGUGUCCCGACGACGUGGAAGGAUGUACGCAUGAUUGAAGAGACGAGGGCUCUGAUCGAGCAGGCCAUCGUGAUGAGAACGGCCAACCAUCGAGCAUCCAUUGGUCUAACUGAAGCCGAAGCUGCGGCAGUUUAUGCUUGCAAGCAGCAUUAUCAGAAAGGCGAUAUCAUCAUGAUUUGUGAUGCCGGAGGAGGGACAACAGACGUCAACGUGCUCCGAUUGCUGUCAUCAACCAACGAGCCCACCGUGCUCCAACAACUAGGCAACGUCGAAGGACGUCCCAUCGGCUCCGUCUUUAUUGACAAAGCAAUGCACAAAUUCCUGUGCGAGAGAUUAUCAAAUAUAAUCAGCCACCUGCCCAAAUCCCCGGCUGAAACGGCCUCGAAAAUGAUAUCCGGACGCUUUCAGCGAUUGAAAUGCUCGUAUGGCACGGAUGCGACUUUGACGCCUUGGCUGAAGCUGGAUGUUCCCUUGAGAGGCGAUGAAGUAGACUUUCCCGAGGCUGGGAUUCAGAAUGGGCAAAUGCAGAUAUCCUGGGAUGUCUUGAAAAAAUGCUUCGAUGACAAGAUUGACGACAUAUGCGUCCUUCUCGAUGCGCAAAUCGCACAGACACGCUCAAAAUACCCAAAUGAAGAAAUUUCGUAUAUAGUCCUCUCGGGAGGAUUCGGUAGCUCUCCGUACGUGAGGAGCCGGCUGUUAGGGCGGUAUAGCAGCAUGACUGUUGAAUAUGCUACAACCAGCAUGAACCACCCCAGUCAGAUGGGACUGAAUGUUCUCAUCGCCGAUGAGCCACAACUUGUCGUCGUACACGGCCUGGUGCUGGACCGGACACAGCAGCUGCAGCGAGGCGUGGUUGUUUUCGGAUCGAGGUGUUCGCCCGUGAGCUACGGAAUCAUCUGCGACAUGAUCUAUGACCCGGAACGACACAGUGGAGAAGCCAUCAGGGUAGAUCCCCGCGAUGACAAGACAUAUGCAACACGCCAGAUCGACUGGCUCAUUAUCCAGGGAAACCCCAUACCACACACAGGCAUCGAAAAGGAGUUCCAACUCAAGCUCCAGCGCGACGACGAAGACGACCACUGGAAAGUGCACGUCGUCAUGUCCACGCUAUCCCCCGCCCAUCUCCCGCAGAGCAUGAAGCAAGGCGGCGUGCAGCAGGUAUGCAGUCUCGACAUCGCGACAGGCUACGUCAACAAGAAGCUAAAAAACCGGCACUGGUACAACCGGAAACCACUCUACUGGAGAGCCACCUUUGACGUGCGCGUGGUCGUGGGAGCGGCCGAUUUGAAGUUUCAGCUGUGGAACAAGGAUAACCGCCAGAUCAUGAGCAAAGAGCACGAGCCGAUUCGCGUCCAGUGGGAAGCAGCGGAGGCACUGAACGAGACACUGAACGGAACACUGGCCGAGUUGGAGGACACCAUGAGCGACAACGACAUCAACUACGCGCACCCACCGUACACGCCGAUGAUCUCACUGCGGCACGAGCUCGGCAUCAUGUUCGGCUUCGCAGCCGCCUGCAUUCUGACCGUGGUCGUCUACUACAUAUUCUGGCAAGCCUCGCAACGACGCGCCGCCGCCCGCGACGAUGCCCGCAGCAAAGACCUACGAGCCCGCGGCUUCCAUCACGAACGAGGCGGAUACCACGACAGAGCGCUAGGUCAAUACGCGAGUCGCGACCCUGUCGCCCAGACGCAGGGCCAGACACUGGAGUUUCUGACUUCUCCCGAUCAGUUUGGCUCUGGUCAGAACUACAAUAAUAAUAAUGGGCCGGCGGAAGACGCCGUGUCGUCGUCGUCCUCCUCGCGUGUACCGGUCACGAUGCGGCCGGCGGCGGGGAAGCUGAAAUUUCCCGUGUAUGAGGCUGAGUUGCAGACGUUUUCCACCGAGAGUAAUGGGAAAUAA